GCCGGUUCCACAAGUUUUCUUUGACAGUUUUCCUUAGCGGCGGUGGGGUUGGGGCCGCGGAGCUCGGUGGGGCGUGGGGGCACCAUGUCUCGGGACCCCGAGGAGGUGAACAAGCUCACGGAGAGCACCUACAAAAAUGUUAUGGAACAGUUCAAUCCAGGACUGAGGAAUUUAAUAAAUCUGGGGAAGAAUUAUGAAAAAGCUGUUAAUGCUAUGGUAGUGGCUGGACGAGCAUAUUAUGAUAGCCUUGCAAAGAUUGGGGAUAUAUCAGCUGAUUCUCCAGUUUCUAAAGAAUUAGGCCAAGUUCUUGUAGAAAUUUCAAGAACACACAAGAAACUUAAUGACAGUCUAGAGGAGAGUUUCAAAAAAUUUCAUAAAGAAAUCAUAUCUGAACUGGAGAAGAAAACGGACCUGGAUGUAAAAUAUAUGAAUGCAACUUUGAAGAGGUACCAAACCGAACACAGAAGCAAAUUAGAUUCUUUAGAGAAGUCUCAGGCUGAGCUGAAAAAAAUCAGAAGGAAAAGCCAAGGAGCACGCAAUGUAACGAAAUAUGAGCAUAAAGAAAUGGAGUACUUGGAAACUGUGACCUCUCGACAGAGUGAUAUCCAGAGAUUUAUUGCAGAAGGCUGCAGAGAAGCUCUCCUUGAAGAAAAAAGAAGAUUCUGUUUUCUGGUUGACAAGCACUGUAGCUUUACCCAGCACAUGCAUUUCUACCACAUUCAGUGCGCGGACUUCCUAAAAUCCAAGCUCCCUGGGUGGCAGGAAAUCUGUAGUGAUGCUACCAAAGUGCCUGAAAAAGUCAGGAUGAUGAUAGAUGAAAUAAGGACGCCUGGUUCCACUCCAAUAUCAGGAACUCCACAGCCUUCACCAAUGAUAGAAAGAAAUACCAUGACUGGAAAUGAUUUUUACCCUCAUCAUGAAAAUGCAUCAAAGGUGCCCCCUGCUCCUACAGGCAGGGCGUACACCAGUCCACUCGUUGAUAUGUUUAACAAUCCUGCAACGGUUCCGAAGACAUCUGAAAAAAUAAGUAAUUCAGCAGAGAACUCGGAUGAUGCCAAUUUAUCACGCUCAACUUCAGUUGCCACGGGACUAAAUAUAAUGAAAAGGCAAAAAGUAAAGACAAUCUUCCCGCAUACUGCUGGAAGUAACAAGACGUUGCUUAGCUUUGCACAGGGGGACAUCAUCACACUUCUCGUAGCUGAAGAAAAGGAUGGAUGGCUUUAUGGGGAACAUGACUCAACUAAAGUAAAAGGAUGGUUUCCAUCGUCGUAUACUAGACCACUAGAAGAUCCAGCAGAAGAAAAAGCAUUUGUCCCAGUGCCAAGCCCUGCACCAAUACGAAGCAUGAGUUCAGUAAAUCUUGUGGAAAAAUGCGAUGUUGUCCUCCCUCCACCAGACUAUCUGGGUUCUUCACAAGCAGAUAAAAGAAUGGAGUUUUCCAAAGGUACUACUGUUAAAACACCAACUGACAGACCAGAAAAUGCAGGUCCGAAACCUGAUAUGAAUGGAAUCAUGAAACCACCUUUUCUAAGUGGAGAAAAUCCUUUUGCAACUGUGAAACUCAGACCAACAGUAACAAAUGACAGAUCAGCACCAAUUAUCCGAUGAAUAUACAGUUCAAACAUAUGUUCUUCCUCCUUAGAAACACCAUUUUCAGUAAUGAAAACUAC